GGACACGGAGGACGGCACCGCCCUCUUCUUACUUCAGGCUCUUCUGACGUGCAGCUGAAAACCAGUCGCGGCCCCUUUAAGCAGGCUGCCGGUGGACAGCUCCGUCGGCCUUCGCGCGGCGCGGUGCACGCCGGGAACUGUAGUUUCUAGAGCCGGCCGGCCAGUCUCCUUCUAGUAGGUGCGUAGCCUCAGAGCCAGAAAACAGCAACGGCCUCCGACAGGGAGGUCACGGUUUGCCCAAAACGCCGUGCCUCGGACAGGAAGGACGCCUGUCUGCACUGCACUCAGAGAGCCGGAGACUGGGCGAGCGUCCCAGUUUGCCAAAGUGAGCGUCAGUAUACUGCGCCUGCGCCGAGAACCUGCUGCUAGCCGCGGCGGCGUUCGCCUGCGCAGAGGAGAGCGGCGUGCGCUUGCGCAGAAAAUUGGAGCCGCUUCGGCAGCGUUGGGGAGCAUGCAUAAACUUAAAUCAACUCAGAAGGACAAAGUCCGCCAGUUCAUGGCAUGCACCCAGGCUAGCGAGAAAACUGCUAUCUACUGCCUGACACAGAAUGAGUGGAAACUAGACGAGGCUACAGACAGCUUCUUCCAAAACCCAGAGGCGUUCCACCGAGAGUCUAUGAAGAGCACUGUGGACCAGAAGAAGCUGGAGCAGCUGUAUGGAAGGUACAAAGACCCACAGGAUGAAAACAAAAUCGGAGUUGAUGGGAUUCAGCAGUUCUGUGAUGAUCUGAACCUGGACCCUGCCAGUAUUAGUGUUUUGGUCGUAGCAUGGAAGUUCAGGGCUGCCACUCAAUGUGAAUUUAGCAAAAAGGAAUUUGUGGAUGGCAUGACAGAGCUGGGGUGUGAUAGCACAGAGAAACUGAAAGCUCUUCUUCCCAAGCUGGAGCAAGAGCUUAAGGACUCAGCCAAGUUUAAAGACUUUUACCAGUUCACCUUUACCUUCGCUAAGAACCCUGGGCAAAAGGGUUUAGAUUUAGAAAUGGCUGUUGCAUAUUGGAAGUUAGUAUUGUCUGGAAGGUUUAAAUUUUUAGAUCUUUGGAACACAUUUCUGUUGGAGCAUCACAAAAGAUCAAUUCCAAGGGAUACUUGGAACCUUCUCCUAGAUUUUGGAAACAUGAUUGCAGAUGAUUUGUCUAACUACGAUGAAGAAGGAGCCUGGCCUGUCCUUAUAGAUGACUUUGUAGAAUAUGCACGACCAGUGGUCACAGGUGGGAAACGUGGCCCUUUCUAAGUGAAAAAUCAGAUAGAUGGAGGGUAAGACAAGAUGUGCCCUAAAAGGAGACAACUGGGUUGGUUGCUGUGUGCGUUUGUUGCUGACUUCAGAAGUCUUCCUCGUCCAUUCAUGAAACAAAUCCUUACUCUGCUUAAGGCUGCAGUGGCUGACGUGUAGAAACAGAGGAGCUCCUCGGGAUGCUAGGGACGUGUCGUCAGAGCUAUUGCUUUAGGAGACAGACGCCUGCAUGACUUGUCUUUACAGAAAGCAACGUAGAACCUGUUGGCAGGGCUGAGAGCAUGCUGUUGAGUUCAUGAUGUCAAGGUGAGCACCAGCGGUUUCCAAAGCUGUGGAGUCACAUUGUAAUUAUGCUUCAAAAUAUCCUCUGUGUCUGCAGAGUGAUGGAUCUCUUAUACAAGUCCACGCUGUUAAAAACGUGCCCUGAUGAAGAUGGCCUUGUCAGAGAGCCUCCUGCUUUUAAUCUUGGUAUUCAAGAUUGAUAGUUUUGAAUUCUCAGAUCUCUAGAUUUACUAGAUUUUUUUUUAUUUUCUCUAGAAGACAUUGUUGCAAUUUGCACAGGGAUGGCACAGGAUGUAAUCCAGCAGGUUCAUUCCAAACUGUUUACAAGCUGGCGGGCCUGUUUUCCUUCUAAUAAGGUUAUUAUUAGGCCUGGAUGCUGCCUCCUGAGAAGUUUCUUAUUUUUUUAAUAUAUUUUAUUAUAUUUAAAAGGACAUUUUUCCAUGAGAAAUACUUCUUUUUGAGUGAUAAAUUAGAUUUACAAAUCAAAUGCACUGGUUCCCUUCACCUGUCUAUAAUGUCUUCAGUGCCCAGUGUCCAGCCCUUGGAUAGCCAUAUGCAUUUGGAAGCAAACACAUACGUCAUCUGAAAGAGUCUACACCCAAAGCCUCUGUGCUCCUCAUCUGCACCAUGCCACUGUGCCGUGUCAUCGUCUGCUUUUCUGGUGUUCAUGUGCUCCAGAGCCACUCGUGUGCACAGGCAUGGAGGACCUGGAUACCGUCUGCUCAUCUGGUGUCAAGCUUUGAACAUCACUGUGCUGACCCUACCUCACACUUGCCAAGACUUGGUGUCACAAGCGUGCCUUGCUGCCCGGCCUGCAACGUGGCCAUGGAGCAGAUAUGCUGGGCCCACUUCAGGACUCGGGACUGGUCAAAUGCCUAUGCACAGAAAGCAUGUCCCAGAUAUGCUGUUGGGGCAGCCUCUGGUCACGGGACAUGCUCCUGACUUAGGAAACAGCUCUGAGGCAUGUGUGCCCUGUAAUGAGGUGGACUGCUGAUGUUGAACAGGGAUCUCACAGAGGAGGUGGAGGAUUGGAACAGGAGGCCAGUCUCCACAAAGCCAACCCUCACUGUGUGAGAUGACGUCAUUAGUGACCUGUCAACACAGGUCUGUAAAGGGAAAACUGGAACAUCUUUGAGGGUGGACAUAACCAAACUGACCUAAUGAAAACCUGGAGGAUAAAGCAUCCUUCCAGGCUUUGUGGGUUCCUGACAUGUAGUUAACCUCUGUUCAGAGAAAUUUAUAGAUACAAAUAACUAAGUUCUGAAGGUCCGCAAUAUGCUCUUCUUUUUAAGAUUUAAAAUUCUUCAGGAAGACCAGUGAUAUGAUCCAGCAGGUCAAGGCACCUGCUGCCAAGCCUGACAACUGAGUUCAGUCCCUGGGAACCACAUGGUGGAAGAGAGAACUGACUCCCACAUGUACCGUGACAUGCAUGUAUUCCCCCUGCACACACACGUACUUACACAGUAAGUUAAGUAAAUAAGUGUAACUUAAAAUUUUAAACUCUAUGGGAUUGUCAAUAGGCUAUGAAGUACUAGUAAUUGAUAAAGGCUUUUCAAAGAAUUGUGCUCUCUGUUCUAUUAUUUACACUUGACCUGUGCAUGUUACAGAAAUGCUGAAAACUUCAGAAAUAGUAAAUAAAGUAUUUUCCCUGG